AUGAUAACAUGCUCUGAUGAAGAUGGUAAUAUGUCGUCAUCAUUCUCCAACUUUAAAUUGUCUUUAAAAAGUCUGAUCUUUUUACCGCUAUCUACUUUCGUUUCUUUCAUUGAAAGCACAAAAAUCUCAUCAUCCAUUCUUAUGGACGCUGGUGACAUUAUGGAACAUGAAAUGAAGUCGAACGAACAAAAUCAGGCAGUAAGGCAAAAGGAAGACGCUUUGAAAAAAAGACAUGCUGAAAAAUUGGACAUUCCGAGAAAAAAAUGGAAUAAAAUGGUGGAAAAGGCUCAUAUUAAUAAUAUUUCUCUAGUGUAUAUUUUUGUUGCUGUUUUGGCCGUAUUGCUCGCUUGGAUGAAAUUUCUAAAAUGGACCGAGAAGUGGGAGGGUUUUAAAUUCUGGGAAGGAAUAUUUGUUUAA